CGGUGUCUCUGCCCGGCGCCACCCGAAUCCCCGCGUGGGAAGCGGCUCAACGGCGAAAGCAGCAGGGGCCCGUGGUCUCCCGGCCGGCAGCCCGCGUUCUUCCGGCCAGCCCCCCGCAAGGGGGAGGGGCGCCGACGCCGCGUUCUCGGGGCCCCGCGGCCGGCGGAAGGGCCGCGCAUCGCGGAAGCGCGGCAGCAGCUGAAGAUCAGCUGCUGGAGGAGGCGGAGAAGCAGAGGGAGGAGCCUCGGGGGGAAGGAGAGGGAGGGGACCGUCAGGAAGCCGCGAACGCCGCCGAGUGUCUGCACACCUCGUUCUGCCUGCCAUGGCUGGUUAAAGAACCAUCCGGAUCGCAGCGCGGGGGGAGGGCCGGGUGGGGGGAGCGGCGGCCGCGCGUGAGGCCGAGGGAGGGGCGGCGGCGCGAGCGGCGGCGGCGGCGGUUCCAGCAUGAAGAGGAGAACUGGCCUGGGGGGCAGCAUGAGGUCAGUGGUGGGCUUCUUGUCCCAGCGGGGCUUGCAUGGGGACCCCCUGCUCACUCAGGACUUUCAGAGGAGACGCCUGCGGGGCUGCAGAAACCUCUACAAGAAGGACCUCCUCGGCCACUUCGGCUGUGUCAAUGCCAUUGAAUUCUCCAACAAUGGAGGCCAGUGGCUGGUCUCAGGAGGAGAUGACCGCCGGGUUCUGCUAUGGCACAUGGAACAAGCCAUCCACUCCAGGGUCAAGCCCAUACAGCUGAAAGGAGAGCACCAUUCCAACAUUUUUUGCCUGGCUUUCAACAGUGGGAACACUAAAGUGUUCUCUGGAGGAAAUGAUGAGCAAGUUAUCCUCCAUGAUGUUGAAAGCAGUGAGACAUUGGACGUGUUUGCUCAUGAAGAUGCGGUAUAUGGCUUGUCUGUGAGCCCAGUGAAUGACAACAUUUUUGCCAGUUCCUCAGAUGAUGGCCGGGUUCUCAUUUGGGACAUCCGGGAAUCUCCCCAUGGAGAACCCUUCUGCCUGGCAAACUAUCCAUCAGCCUUUCAUAGUGUCAUGUUUAACCCUGUGGAGCCCAGGUUGUUGGCCACAGCCAAUUCAAAGGAAGGAGUGGGACUCUGGGACAUUCGCAAACCUCAGAGUUCUCUCCUGCGCUAUGGUGGAAACCUGUCCCUCCAAAGUGCCAUGAGUGUACGAUUCAACAGCAACGGGACGCAGCUCUUGGCCCUGAGGCGGCGCCUGCCCCCUGUGCUCUAUGACAUCCAUUCCCGCCUGCCUGUGUUUCAGUUUGACAAUCAGGGUUACUUCAAUUCAUGCACCAUGAAAAGCUGCUGUUUUGCAGGAGAUCGUGACCAGUAUAUCCUUUCAGGCUCUGAUGACUUCAACCUGUACAUGUGGAGAAUUCCUGCAGAUCCAGAAGCAGGUGGCAUUGGUAGGGUGGUCAACGGAGCCUUCAUGGUGCUGAAAGGGCAUCGAUCUAUUGUUAACCAAGUCCGAUUUAAUCCCCACACCUACAUGAUCUGUUCUUCUGGUGUAGAAAAGAUUAUCAAGAUCUGGAGCCCAUACAAGCAGCCAGGAUGUACUGGAGACCUCGAUGGUCGGAUUGAGGACGAUUCCCGCUGCCUCUAUACCCAUGAAGAGUACAUCAGCCUUGUGCUGAACAGUGGGAGUGGCCUGUCACAUGACUACGCCAACCAGUCGGUCCAGGAAGACCCGCGGAUGAUGGCCUUCUUUGACUCCCUGGUACGCCGAGAGAUCGAGGGCUGGAGCUCUGACUCAGACAGUGACCUCAGUGAGAGUACUAUCCUGCAACUGCACGCAGGGGUCAGCGAGCGCUCAGGCUACACUGACUCAGAGUCUUCGGCCUCACUGCCUCGCUCCCCGCCUCCCACAGUAGAUGAGUCUGCCGACAACGCCUUCCACCUGGGGCCCCUGCGGGUCACCACCACAAACGCAGUAGCCUCAACUCCACCAACACCCACGUGUGAGGACGCAGCCUCUCGCCAGCAGCGUCUGUCUGCUCUGCGGCGCUACCAAGACAAACGCCUCCUGGCCCUUUCCAAUGAGUCCGAUUCUGAGGAGAAUGUCUGUGAGGUGGAACUAGACACAGAUCUCUUUCCCCGGCCACGGUCACCCAGCCCCGAAGAUGAAUCCAGCAGUUCCAGCAGCUCUAGCAGCUCCGAGGAUGAGGAGGAGCUGAAUGAACGCCGAGCCUCUACCUGGCAGCGGAAUGCCAUGCGGCGUCGACAGAAGACAACCCGAGAAGACAGGCCCAGUGCCCCAGUCAAGCCCACCAACACUUACAUUGGAGAAGACAACUAUGAUUACCCCCAGAUCAAAGUGGAUGACCUCUCCUCCUCCCCCACCUCAUCUCCUGAGCGGAGCACUUCCACACUAGAGAUUCAGCCAAGCCGGGCCUCACCGACUUCUGACAUAGAAUCAGUUGAGCGAAAAAUUUAUAAAGCUUACAAGUGGCUCCGCUACUCUUAUAUCUCCUACUCAAAUAACAAAGAUGGAGAGACCUCCUUGGUGACCGGGGAGGCAGAUGAAGGGAGAGCAGGAACCAGCCACAAAGACAACCCAGCCCCUUCUUCCAGUAAGGAAGCCUGUCUAAACAUAGCAGUGGCCCAGAGGAAACAGGACCUGCCCCCUGAAGGCUGCAGCAAGGACACUUUUAAAGAAGAGACUCCUAGAAAUCCCAGCAAUGGCCCAGGCCAUGAGCACAGCAGCCAUGCUUGGGCAGAGGUGCCAGAAGGUACCUCUCAGGACACUGGCAAUAGCGGCUCUGUAGAGCACCCUUUUGAAACCAAGAAGCUCAAUGGAAAGGCCCUGAGUAGUCGGGCUGAGGAGCCGCCUUCUCCUUCUGUCCCCAAGGCAUCUGGCUCCACUCUCAACAUCGGGUCUGGCAACUGUCCCAGGACCCAGUCUGAUGACAGUGAGGAGAGGAGCCUCGAAACCAUCUGUGCCAACCAUAACAAUGGACGCUUACACCCUCGUCCCAUUCACCCUCACAAUAACGGGCAGAACUUGGGGGAGCUGGAGGCGGUGGCCUACUCUUCCCCAGGACACUCAGACACUGACCGUGAUAACUUGUCCCUGACAGGGACACUCCUACACAAAGAUUGUUGCGGGUCUGAAAUGGCCUGUGAGACCCCCAAUGCUGGAACAAGAGAGGACCCCACUGACACCCCAGCCAUAGAUAGCAGCAGGGCUGUUCAUGGCCACAGUGGCCUCAAAAGGCACCGAAUUGAAUUGGAAGAUACAGAUUCAGAGAAUUCCUCCUCAGAGAAGAAAUUAAAAACAUGAUAAAUACAAAGGGAAAACAAAAAGCUACAAAAGUAGCCUUACCAAAAAAAAAAAAAAAAAAAAAAAAAAAAAUCUGUUUAGUGAAUACAGAGGAAAGGAAACAAAGUAUUAAAGGCACAUGAAACCAGGGCCUGAAAUUUUGUGUCUGAUGCUGCUCCCUUCUAUCCAACAUUCAACAACGGGUCUGAAUGUCUAGCUGGCCGUUGGCUUGUGCUGUGUUAAGAAAGGGAAAAAAAAACACCCCAAGUGAUUCCUUUCUAGUGAGGCGUGAGCGUAGUGUGCCGUGCAAGGCUCUGUGGAAGUAAUUCUUUGUUGAGACGUUCAACUUGUUCUUGUGUACGCACACUGGCACGUGUGCGCUCAUUGUCUCAUAAGACCUUUCUUUCAGUUCUCCAUCAGAAAGGACUUUGUGAAUUUGUACUUUUUGCCAUCUCACCCUGUUUACAUGCCAUAGGUGUUCUGGUCUGGAUGAUGGGUGCCUGUUAAAUCAGGUUGUGCUGCCAGUGAGUUGUAGAUUUAUGCUGGAAGAAUGGAGAAUGGAAACAGGCCUUCAGCCCAUUGGCUGCACUGGAGAGGAAAGCAUGGUUCCUUUCUUAAAGAAAUCUUCCAUGUUUUCUCUAAGUAACACUUCUUUAUUGAGCAUUUAAUGUGGACAUACUAUAAAAAAGGAGAAAUUUUAAUGCUAAUGAGAGGUUUAGCACUUCAGAUUCAAGAGAAUAUAGAUUCCUGAUAAAUUUCACUGUUUGCAAAUUGAGCAGUGCUGCAACAUGUACUGUAUGAAGGCCAUAAAAUAGAGCUAGUCAUGGAUAACAGACUUUAACCAGUUAGGUGCUAGAUCCUAAGAGGCACUCACAAGGCCAGCAGGUGCUUCCUUGGCUCCCGUGAUGGAUCGAGGCAUAGUGAAAGAAGGGCAAAGACAGCUUUCCAGAGCUUUGUGCUCAGACUACUAAAGUAGUUGUUAUAGGUGUGUUAAUGAAGAAGCUUAGUGAGGAGCAGAAUGUGGUACUAUAUUCAUUUAACUCAACCCAGGACUAUUGAUCAGAAGUGAUGGGACUGGCAUCUUCCCUCAGACUUGCAGUUGAUAGAGGCUGUGGUGUUCUCACUAGACUUUGCAGAGCAGUAGGCGUCUCAAGGUAACAGAUUCUUAUUGAGUAGGUCUAUUAAGAGUCAGAGGGUGAGGGAGAGGAGUCUCCGGCUUAUGACUGCUGGUUCCCAUGAGUCUUAAGUCUUCUGGUUCCCAUAAAAGACUCAGUUUUAUUGAGGUAGAUACAGGUUUAGAAGAGAAAAGAGCAACAGAUUUUCAUCGUUGCAGUCACUCGGUUAUCUGUGAAGGGUUGUGCAAAACAGGAAGGUCUAGGAAUGACUAGAUAUCUUGUUGGCAUAAAUGUUAUGAAAAGGCAGAAUACUGGCAAGAAAUGAGGAAGAGAGAGAAAAACAAUAUAACUUCCUUGAGUGCAAAGGUGCUAGACAAUUAGGAGCCCAGCUGGGACCGGUGCAGGGAGGGCCGAACGCUGACUAGUGUGGCCUCACUGCCCCAGUCUUCCUUUUAGAGGAAGGCCUGUCCUGCUGGAACUGGGGCCAAGGGGAGGCUGCCUAUGAAGGCAGAAGACGUGGAUGAAUUCAGGCACUGGGGGUGGGGGGGUUAUUUAUAAACACAAGGUGGUUGAUUUAAGCCAAAAGGAGAUACCAUCCUGAUAAGCUCUGUGAAAGAGAAGAUGUGCCUGGUGUGUGUGAUGUGGCUGGGGUAUGAAAACACUGAGAAGGAGAUGAAGGAGUGUGCGUAGCAUGGGGGUGUAUACAACUUAACACCUGGACUUUUACUGGGGGAGUGGGAAAGUGAUUCUGUAACCAACAUUAGAAUUGCUUUGGAUUUGUAAUCAAAUUGGUUCUAUGAUUUGUCUUUGACUAUUCACAGAUAAUUGUAAAUGCUGGUUUUAUAAGCCCAAGUCAUUUUACAUUUGCUUUUCCAAAAUGUAUUAAAUUUGAAUUUUUUAAUCCUUUAUAUACAAAAAAAAAUAUAUGAUCACUCAGUGUGUGUUUCUCUUCCCCUUCUUAGUCAGCACACCCAGUCCUUCAUUUUAUUCUAUUCUAUUUUAUUUUCAUCAGCACAUAGCCUCUUCUGACUUCUCAAAGGACAAUCCACAAAUCUUCCUGAAGAGAAGUAGUUAAAGUUCCCUUAGGAACUAGCUGCUUGGUAGUUACAAUUCCCAAAUGCAGAAUUUGGUCUUUUCAUGUUAAAAGCCUUAAUCUCAUUUGGGUACUCAAAAGAGAAGUCAGAGUUUAUUCUGGUUAACUUGAGAAGCCAAGAAAGAUCAUUUUUAGUAAGUAUGCCUUCCAUCCUUGGCAAAGGCUUCCCAGCAUCCUAGGCUCAGCUCACCGGGUGGUAGGCCCCAUAAAACACACACAUGAGCAGGGUGAGAAAUGCUUGCUUUAUAGCUGCUCCGCCCUCAUCUCCAGAGAUUUUUGUGUCUGUGGUUGUGGGUCUGGAUACCUGGCAGGAACCACUUUUAGAGUACCUUUGCCUAAACUCUUUUAGAAUUGAGGCCCCAACUUUGACGGCGCAUUUAAUACCCAAUUUCUUCCAUAAUAGAUAUUUUUAAUAGCAGAACAGAUGGCACUGAUUAGAUCAAGAACUAUUUGGAAGUGCCUCUUAAGUUUUUUUCCUGCAUCCUGUACAUAAAGUUUUAAGUGGCAGGUCCAGAUAUGUAAAAUCAUUUCUCUCUGUUUUCCAGCUGGUUGUGUUAGUGAUUCUCUAGGACAGCAGGUAAAUGAGUUAAAUAAGUUGUUGGCUUGGGGCAAGUGAAGUUUGUGACUAUGCUUGAUUUAAUAAGCUGAGAGUCUCUUGUUUGUCUGUCAAGGUGCCUUCCUCUGCUGAAGCCUUACCUCCUUCUCACCCAGCAACAGUUAACUCUUCUCUUGUGUAUAUGCAAAUAAACCUAUUAUUCACUUCUCA